ACAAUUAUAGAUUUUUUCUUUGAAAAAAAAAAUUAUAGAUUUUUAUAGACAAAAAUAAAAUUAACAUGUUAACUUUACCAGCAAUAGAUCGUGAAUGAAACCAAACCAACAAAUCAUAGAAUCAAAACCAACGAAUUUUUUCAACAUUUUCUCACAGUAUCAUGUGGGAAUCGAUUCUAUUAACGGUGGCUGCAACCGCCGGUAACAACAUCGGAAAAAUCCUUCAAAAAAAGGGCACUAUUAUUCUCCCUCCUCUCUCCUUCAAGCUCAAGGUUAUUAGGGCUUAUGCUUUGAACAAAACAUGGUCGAUAGGUUUCCUGAUGGAUAUUUUUGGGGCGUUAUUGAUGUUAAGGGCAUUGUCUCUGGCUCCUGUCUCUGUUAUUCAACCGGUUUCUGGCUGUGGACUAGCGAUUCUGUCAAUUUUUUCCCAUUUUUAUCUCCAAGAAGUCAUGAAUGUUGUUGAUUGGGUUGGAAUUACCUUGGCUGGUUUUGGCACAAUAGGAGUUGGUGCUGGUGGUGAGGAGCAGCAAGAGAUGGUUGCUCUAUCUAUUUUUCACAUACCAUGGCUGGCAUUUGUUGUUUCCAUCUUGUUUAUACUGCUUAAUGGAUGGCUUCGAAUAUACAAGCGUCAGCGAAGAGAACAAGAGAUGAUGGAGUAUGAUGUUGUCGAGGAAAUCAUUUAUGGCUUGGAAUCUGGUAUUUUGUUUGGGAUGUCAUCUGUAAUAUCAAAGAUGGGAUUUCUAUUCCUUGAGCAAGGUUUUCCCAAGAUUCUGGUUCCUAUAUGCCUCUUGAUCAGUGUAUCUUGUAGUGGUAUCGGCUUUUACUAUCAGACACGUGGCCUAAAGCAUGGGAGGGCAAUUAUAGUUUCUACAUGUGCAGCUGUGGCAUCAAUUUUGACCGGUGUACUUGCUGGGAUGCUUGCUUUGGGUGAGCGACUUCCUUCCGCCCCAAAAGCCCGUCUAGCACUUCUUCUUGGAUGGCUACUUAUAAUUACUGGUGUGAUUUUGCUCGUUGGCUCAACACGGCUACUGAGAUUCAUCACUUCGCGGCAAAAAAGAAGUAACAUGGAGAAGAAUUAUGGCCCUAGAAGAUCCACUACUUCCCGUGUGAGGGAGCCAAGUCCUAAUAGUGCUGUCAUUCAAGCAUCAACAUUAAAUCAUCUGUUAUCAUCGUCUUCCAAAGAAAAAGCUUGACUCAACACGAUCUAGAAAAUGGUCCUUCACCCCUUCACAAAAUUUCUAAGCAUUAAGCUGCUAAAGCCAAGGUGUAUGAUGUAUAUUGAAUGGCUGCUUCAUCACUCAUUAGGGGGUGCGACAUUUGUUCUGGAAUCAUACCUUCUGGCUCAUAGUUUGGACAUGAAAUAUCUGUCAACUUUCUCGUACUAUCUUGUAUAAACUAUUCCUGAACUUUCACCAUGUUGGCUUUUGGAGAUUGUAUAUGAUAGUGAUAGUGAUAGUGAUAGUGAUGGUGGCAUACCAACAUAAAUACCUUUAUCUUGUCAGUAAACAAAUUUUAAUAAUGAACAAUUUAUUCCUGUUUACUGGUACA